ACUCUUGACAGUAUGAAUUACGAGUGUUUUCAGGUGUAAUCGAUGUCAAAGUCCAUCACGAUGGGAUGGGAUUCAUUUAAACGCAGGUUGGAUCCAUUAAUGGCGGGAUCUAAAUACGACUCUGAUUUCUUGAAGGAUUUCUACAUUCCUACCUAUAUACUUAAUGACGAAACAAAGAGCUCCGAUGACCCUGAUCCACCUAAAUUUCCGGUGCUGGUUUUUAUCAACUCCAAAAGUGGCGGCCAGUUGGGCGGGGAUCUUCUUCAAACGUACAAAACUGUGCUCAAUGAAUAUCAGGUUUUCGAUGUGGGGAAAGAGUCCCCUGAUAAGACGCUUCGUAGGGUUUACAUCAGACUGGAAAAGCUUAAAAAAGAAAAUGAUAAAUUUGCUGCAAAUAUCAACGAGCGAUUAAGAAUAAUUGUUGCUGGUGGCGAUGGAACAGCUGGCUGGCUUCUGGGGGUUGUUUGUGAUCUUAAAUUGCCGCAUCCACCCCCGAUAGCUACAGUUCCUUUGGGAACUGGAAACAAUCUGCCCUUUUCUUUUGGCUGGGGAAAGAAGAAUCCUGGGACUGAUCGUAAUUCUGUGUUGUCAUUCCUGGAACAAGUAAAGGGCGCAAAGGAAAUGGAAAUAGACAAUUGGCAUCUUCUUAUGAGGAUGAGAGUUCCAAAGGAAGGUUCG